AUGCGUGUUUGUAUUAAAUUUCAGACUCAUCACAACUGUAGACAGAGCCAAAGAAAUUCCACCAUUAAAAAAUUGUGGUAUAAAGAAGUGAUUUUACUUUUAACUUUCGUCGCUUCGAUUUAUACUAUACCAAAUCACAAUCCUAAAGUUACAGAAGACGAAAACGAUGAAAAUACAAACGACAAAGAUUCCGUAAGAAUAAUCCGACAUACCGAACCGACAAAAUUUAAUUUCCAUCAGACUAAACAACAAGAUUAUUUAAAACAGAGAUACGCGCAGCAACAGAAAAUCAACUUGGAAAAACUCACGCAAUUUAGAAAAAAUAAUUCUAAUAAACAAUUUUUAGACGAUUCCUACUUGAAAACGUUGGAGAACCCGAGAAAUUACGAUAAAAAAUUUGUUUUAAACGUUAAAACUAGACAUGGAAGAGAUAUUAAAGACGUCGAUAGACAAGAUGGCGGGUCUGAGCUAGACAAACACGUCAUUUACGUUGACCCAAAAGUGGUUAAACAAAUUUUAAAAUUAAAAGCUAAAAGAAAUGCGGUUCAGAUCCAAAGUAGAUCCUACGAGGACGUAGAUUCUUUAAACGAUCUCAUAGGAAAAAAUCCACAGAUGCAAUUGGAAAGUUUACAAAGAUUUUUACAGCAAAACACAUUCGUACCGGUGAUUGAAAGAGCGCAGCCCUUCAGCGGUAAAGACCUCACUUCCAUCCCAGAAAAAAACGCAAAUAUCCAAAUAUCUAAUCAACCCCUAACUCCCGAAUCAAACCAAGUGGUUACCAAAGAAACUUUCCAAAGGAUACAAAAGCAACUCGAAGAAGCGUCCAAAUUUCAAGUGCAAAACGCUUUAGAAAGGGCACAACAAGCUGCACAAGCUCACGUAGCUGCCCAACAUAAAGCUAUAGAACAAGCUCAAAGGGCUAUAUUCGAAAAUGUACAAAAACGUUUAUACGAUAACCCACAUGCUUUGAGUUUAAUACAACCGAAGCAAUCAGAAUAUACUACUCUUUUAAAUACCCCCGUACAUCACCAAAUAGUGUAUUCCACACCUAUACCGCCACAAGUAGUAUCACCAACGCAAACAAUACAACAAAUUAGUUAUAAAACUGCUUUAACCACCGCGGUUCCUUCUAUAGAACCAGAACACGCACCAGAUCAUAUUAACCAACCACCAAAGCAAGUUUUAGUACAACCCCAGGUGAAACCUCAACAGUACGAAGAUAAAAAUAUGGAACAUUACGCCCCACAUCAUCUCCAUAAAACUAUAGCUCAACUAAAUGCCGAAAAAGUAAUUUUACAACAAAUUGAAUACGUCGAUAAGAAAGCACAAAAAGAAGAAGAACAAUACGAAAAAGAAGCCGAAUCGACAGCCUACCAGCACGUGAUAUUAAAACAACAAGAAACAUUUGAGAAUAACCCUGUAGAAGAUAACGAAGACUUGCAAUACGCAUCCAAAUACGCUUUCGGUUACAGAAUCAAAGACAAAGAAGGUAGCGAUUUUGGACACGAAGAAAAACGUAGCGGCAAAAAUGCAGAAGGAAGUUAUCACGUGCUAUUACCGGAUGGUCGGCGACAAAAAGUCCAAUACUACGCGGAUGAUAAUGGGUAUCACGCUAAAGUUACGUACGAGAAUAUAGCCAAUCACAAAUAA